AUGGCCUCAAAGAACUCAGCAUCAGCUGCCCUUUUCCUCUCCAUCAACCUUCUCUUCUUUGCUUUUGCCACUGCUACUAAGAGCAGCCCAUGCCCACACCCACUUAGCCCAAAGCCAAGGCCUACUCCCAAUCCGAAUCCUAGACCCGCCCCAAGUCCCACACCUACAAACGGUACAUGCCCUAGAGAUGCACUGAAGCUGGGUGUAUGCGCUAAUUUGCUAGGGUUGGCGAAUGUGGUUGUUGGGUCCCCACCAACACUCCCAUGUUGCUCCCUGAUCCAAUGGCUAGCCGAUCUCGAGGCGGCCUUAUGUCUGUGCAUUGCAAUCAGAGCCAAUGUCCUGGGCAUUAACCUCAACAUUCCAGUCUCCCUGAGCUUUGUCUUGAACAACUGUGGGAGAAUAGUCCCAUCUGGGUUUGAAUGUUCCUAG